GUGAUGAACAGAUAAAUGACAGCGAUAAAAAGAUAAAUGAUGAUGGUGAUAAACAGAUAAAUGAUGAUGGUGAUAAACAGAUAAAUGAUGGUGAUAAACAGACAAAUGACAGCGAUAAAAAGAUAAAUGAUGAUGGCGAUAAACAGAUAAAUGAUGAUAAGAGAGAGCUUAGUGACAAAUACGAAGAGAAAGAGAAAACAAGAAAUGAAUAUCGAUCACUUAUGGAUAAAGAUAUGGAACAGGUGAUGAUGAUGAUGCAAGACACCCUAACUUUGAUACCACUUUGCUAUCCAGCAUGUAGAAGCAUUUAUAACAUUUUUCAUAAAGCUGAACCUCUAGUAGCACGUCACUAUAGCAAGGCUCUAUCACCUGCUUUAAUCCCAUAUCAUAAAGGAGGUCUCAAAGCUGUACAAUUAGGAUUUCAAGAAUUCGGUUCAAAUAUUUCUAAAUCAACAACAAACUUAUUUAAAUCUUUAAGCUUCUCAAAAAAUAAUAAGGAUGAACCACUGGCUAAACGUAAAAAUAAUAAGAAAACUAGAGAGAAACAUUUUAUAGAGCGUGAAUUACUUAAACAACAGCAAUUGAAAAGGUUAUACUCGGAAGCGGGUUCUUCUGUAAGUUUGUUAAAGGGUAGUAAUACAAGAAAUUCUAGUUGUAGUAGUUUAGAAAGUAUUAGUAGCAAUGAUCGAAUUAGUAUAGAUACAAGAGUAGCACGAAAUUCUAUUGAUUCAAGUUAUAUUGGUGAAACAGAUGAGCGCAGAGAUAGUGUUGACAGUAACUUUGGUAUUUAUAAUGAAAGUCCUAGAGGGCUAUCAGUCGAGGCAAGGGAAAAGUUUUACAUGUCUCAUGUUGAGUUGUCAUCGACAGUAUCUGAGGAGAAGGAGCAGUUCUAUAAUAUAAAGACGUCAAGUUCACCUGUGUUGAAUGAAGAUGGUCAAUUAGAUUAUCAAAUUAGUGGAGAAGAAAAAUUGAAAAGCCUUAAUAAGAGUGGAAGGAUUGAUUAUUGUUUGCAGGAAGGGGUAUUGGAAGUUAGUUACAUAUCUGCUAUAACAGAUCAUCUUAGUUACUGGACAGAUUGUGAUGCAGCCUAUUUUAUCUUAAGAGAAACUUAUCGAAAUUAUGAUGAUGAUUAA